AUGAAGACUGAAAGAUUAAGUAAUGAUAUGAAGGAUUUGAACAUCCCUCCUAAAGAUCUUAGGUUCAAGACGGAUGAUGUAACUAAAACCAAGGGUAGUGAUUUUGAGGACUACUUUUUAAAGAGAGAGCUAUUGAUGGGAAUUUACGAAAAAGGGUUUGAAAGGCCAUCACCAAUUCAAGAAGAAAGUAUACCAGUGGCUCUUGCAGGCAAAGAUAUCCUAGCUAGAGCAAAGAACGGAACAGGUAAGACUGCAGCAUUCGUUAUCCCAUUAUUGGAGAAAAUUAAUACUAAGAAGAACAUCAUUCAAGGUUUGAUUCUUGUUCCAACUAGAGAGCUCGCUUUGCAAACUAGUAGUAUUGUGAAGCAAUUAGGUAAACACAUCAAUGUCCAGUGCAUGGUUAGUACUGGAGGUACAUCUUUAAGAGAUGAUAUAUUGCGUUUAAAUAACCCGGUCCAUGUCCUAGUAGGUACUCCUGGUCGUAUUUUGGAUCUGUCUAAUAAGAAGGUAUGUAACCUGGGAGGCUGUUUUAUGUUCAUAAUGGAUGAGGCUGAUAAAUUACUAAGUCCAGAAUUUCAACCCAUUAUUGAAGAGCUCAUAGAAUUCUUGCCAAAGGAGAGGCAAAUACUCUUAUAUUCUGCUACCUUCCCCGUUACUGUUAAAGGGUUUAAAGAUAAGUAUCUUGCAAAUGCUCAUGAAAUUAACUUAAUGGACGAGCUCACACUUAAGGGAGUUACUCAGUAUUAUGCCUUUGUUGAAGAGAAGCAAAAACUGCAUUGCCUUAACACCUUAUUCAGCAAACUACAAAUUAACCAGGCUAUUAUAUUUUGUAACUCUGUAACCAGAGUUGAGCUUCUAGCUAAGAAGAUUACUGAGCUUGGAAGUUCGUGCUUUUAUAUCCAUGCUAGAAUGCUCCAGUCUCACAGAAAUAGAGUAUUUCACGACUUCAGAAACGGUGCAUGUAGAUGUCUUGUGUCAUCAGAUCUUAUUACAAGAGGUAUAGAUAUUCAAUCCGUUAAUGUUGUUAUUAACUUUGAUUUCCCUAAAUACUCUGAAACUUAUCUACACAGAAUUGGAAGAUCUGGAAGAUUUGGGCAUCUCGGACUUGCAAUCAACCUUAUAACCUACGAAGAUCGCUAUAACUUAUAUAGAAUUGAAAAAGAAUUGGCUACUGAGAUCUCACCAAUUCCCGCCCAAAUCGAUUCUGCCUUAUAUACUUAA